UCUGCAGUUCGCGGUAGAGAUGGCUCGGCUCCACCGCUUGUCUGCCGUCGCCCCGACCAUCUCCGUCCUCCUCCUGCUGUCUGCUCUCGCCUCCGCCGUUGCGGCCGCGGCCGCGGACGCUCCGGUGAAGAAGGUUGGGAUAAGGUUCGUCCGGCCCGCGAACAAGGAGGAGGCGCAAUGGAUGGACCGCUACACGGGGUCGGACCAGCAGCUCGGUGACGGCCCGAUCAGGAUGCGGCGAGCCACCGCAGAGGAUGCGAAGUGGCUGGACCGCAUGAGCGGCAACGCCGGGAGGGCAGGAGAUCAGUCCGGCGGCGGUGGCGGCAGCGGCGGCGGCGACAGCUACAUCGAGUUCGACGACGACAAUCCCUAUAUUGAAGCCUUACGUGCCUGGGCCUCCCAACUGGCGAAGCGGAUCACUAUAGAGGAUGCUGAGACGGAGGCACAUUGUCAGUUUGUCACUGCAAUUUUCCACACAACUCAUUCUGUUUUGUUUAUUCAUUCUUGAUGGUUAUUUGAUUCAGAGUAUCUUGCCAGAAUCCCUUCCAGGAUCUUUAGGAAACGAGGCGCACAACCAGCUGGCAGGAUCAUUUGUCCACUAUGUCGCAGCCCCAGAGAGAUGAACAUCAGAGGCGCUUUUAGCUGGUCUGCUGGUGUUAAGAAGGUUGUUCACUUUGGGGAUCGGCUAGUGGUGAAGUGUAUGGGCUGAUCUGUGACUUUCGGAUCUUCAUAUCUUAGUCAUCAAUAAAAAUGAUCUGCUACAAGAAUAACAUAUUGCUGCCAGAGCGGAAUGCAGCAUGAACUGGACACCUGGACCCUUAAACUCUGAAUAUUGUAGUACUACUAAUCAUCUUGCCAUGCACUAAUUAAAUGAAAAUACCAUACAUAUAUAUGGACGUAUGGUUUUGCAUAUAGAUGGUUGAGAAUUGUAAUAAUGGAUGGUAUGCACAAUUAUUCAUGCAGAGUGGCCCGGACACAGAAAUUCAUUU